AUGGAUGGUGAGACUUCAUGUACAAAGCACAACUCUGAUGAUUUUGAUUUCACGAAUUCAAUAUUUUCCUGGUCCAUUGACGACAUUUUGGACGAAAAUUUAUUCAAGAACAAGGUAGAGAAGAUUGAAUUAUCAUUCGAGUCCAUUGAUCAUUACCUUGGAUCUUUUUUCAAUCCUUUAUUGGAAGAAACUAGAGCACAAAUAUGCUCAAGUAUGGAGAUCUUAUACAAAGCACCUUAUGCGGAAGUAAUUAGUCCAAUAAACAACUCUGUGGUAAAGAGACUCUAUAAGUUGGAAAUUAAGAGCUGGAAAAGCAGGUUUCAUCAUCAUGGAGAAUCAUACAAAGCUUCGCCGGAUGAUAUUUUAGUUUUGGCCGAUUACAAACCAGAAAAUGUAAAAGAGUUGAAAAGGGUUGGAAGGAUGUGGAGUUCUGUAUCAGUUGAUGAUUUUUCAUAUCAAGAGAUACUAUCAGAGCUUAAUGAAUCCCAGAAUAAGGCAAUUUCUGCAUGUCUGUCUGGUCUCAAUUGCAAUCACAACUCUGCUGUAAAACUCAUAUGGGGUCCCCCAGGGACUGGAAAGACUAAAACUUUGGCCACACUACUUUUUGUUCUACUGAAGAUGAACUACAGAGUCCUCGUAUGUGCCCCCACAAAUGUUGCCAUCAAAGAAUUGGCUUCCCGUGUAGUAACCUUAGUGAAAGAGGCAAAUAGUAAAAGAUAUGGGGAUUUGUUCUGCCCAAUGGGAGAAUUACUAUUGUUUGGGAGCAAUGAGAGGCUAAAAAUUGGUGAAGAUAUUAGAGAUAUAUAUUGGGAUCAUCGUGUGAAACAGCUAAAAGAAUGCUUUUCAAGUCCUACUGGCUUUAUUCCUUGUCUUGAAUCAAUGAUUUAUCUUCUUAAAAAUUGUGCUUUAUGUUGGCUUCAGUUGGAAAAAGAGGAGAGGGAGCGCAAAACAUUUCUUGAGUUUCUGAGAGAAAGGGUUCGUUCACAAGCGUUGCUGCUUAAAGAUACAAGUGAUGCUGAAAGAUUACGUUCUGGGUGA